AUGAUUAGAAAUCCUAGGUUACAGGAAUUCCAGAUGGAUACUAAAAGUUCACAUAGGUCAGCGAGGCAAAAUCUGUUCCACGAUCAAGAUACAGGAGCUAUACUGGGACGUACGCCAGAACGGUGGUGCAAACUCCUAAUCUUCUACGCAAUAUUCUAUACAUGCCUCUUGGUACUAUUUGGCACCUGCUUGUUAACAUUUCUUCAGCACUUCAUCAACCCUCGCGUGCCUCGGUUACAGCAAGAGUACAGCGUAAUCGGUACCAGUCCAGGGCUGGCUUUCCGGCCGCUACCGCCAGAUGUUAGAAGCACCCUGAUAUGGUAUAAAGGCACUGGAUAUGACAGCUACAGAUACUGGGAGGAUCAGCUUAUAGAUUUUCUUUCAGUGUACAAAAUGAAAGGUCAGACUGCUGGAACUGGUCAGAACAUUUUCAAUUGUAAUUUCAACAACUAUCCGCCCCCCGGUAAAGUGUGUGACGUUGAUAUCCGCGGACUGGAUCCGUGUACCGAAGAAAACCACUUCUCUUUCCACAAGUCUUCACCUUGCAUAUUCAUCAAAUUGAACAAAAUCUACGGCUGGUAUCCCGAUGUCUAUGACAACGUGCAAGAUCUUCCGUACGACAUGCCUGACGAUCUCCAAUAUUAUAUCAAGAACUUAACAGCUUUCAACAGUAAUUUUGCUAACAUGGUAUGGCUAUCCUGUUAUGGGGAAACCCCGGCGGAUCAAGAAAACAUCGGUCCCAUCAGGUACCUGCCGUUCCAAGGUUUCCCGGGGUACUUCUAUCCAUAUGAGAACGCUGAGGGCUACCUAAGUCCACUAGUAGCUAUACACCUGCAGAAACCGAAGACUGGUAUUGUGAUUAACAUAGAAUGUCGAGUGUGGGCCAGGAACAUUAUAUACGACAGAAAAGAACGCCUCGGGUUCAUCCAUUUUGAAGUAAUGAUUGAAUAG